CCCGGGCCCCCGGCUCAGCCGCCCCGGAGGCCCAAGCCGCGCGCAAACUUUUGCUCCAGUGCCCGGCGCUCCUCCUCGGCAUGUGAAGCCCCCAGGCGCCCGCGCAGUCGCCAGGUUCGCCCCGAGAGCGGGCGCCGCGGGCCGAGAUGCUCCUCCGGGACCUGGUGCUGCGCCGUGGCUGCUGCUGGUCCUCGCUGCUGCUGCACUGCGCGCUCCACCCGCUCUGGGGCUUCGUGCAGGUGACCCACGGGGAGCCCCAGAAGUCCUGCUCCAAGGUGACUGACAGCUGUCAACACAUCUGCCAGUGCCGACCCCCUCCCCCGCUGCCCCCGCCACCCCCGCCCCCGCCGCCUCCCAGACUCCUCUCUGCUCCAGCUCCCAACUCUACCUCGUGCCCCGCCGAGGAAAGCUGGUGGUCAGGGCUGCUGAUCAUCAUUGCGGUAUGCUGCGCCUCCCUGGUGUUUCUCACUGUGCUUGCCAUCAUUUGCUACAAAGCCAUCAAAAGGAAACCACUAAGAAAAGAGGAGAACGGCACCAGUGUUGCUGAGUAUCCCAUGACCUCCUCGCAGAGCAAAGGAGUGGACGUGAACAGCGCUGUGGUGUGAGUCGGCAGGCCCCAGACCCGCUGGCCAGAGGGGCACCUUGGCGGCACUAGUGGACACGGGAAAGCAGGUGGACAUGAGCUGAAACUGGGCUUGUCCAGGACUUCAUUGCCUUGCAGGCCUUGAACCUCCCAAGGGAGAAACCAUCCUCUUCCCAGCGUUGCCCCAGUCAGCCCGCGGGCAGGGGCAGUGCAGACACCAGGCUGAGCCACCUGCAUGCAGCCCCCGGCGCAGCGCCCCUGCCCGAGGCGCUCCACGUCUCUUCCUUGUCUCGUGUUUGAUCUGCUGUCUCCCAGCUGCUGUCUACAGCCCGCACUCUGACAAAGGCGGGGAGUCUGUCUGUCUGCUUGGGUGGGGAGGCACCCCCUCUAGCCAAAGGAAAGGCGAUCCAGGGGCCACUCCGCCAGAAAACCCCUCCUCCUCCCCAGAAAGCCCACCUGCCUCUCUGUUGACCAUGCCGUUCCCAACAGAAGCCAUCGGCACAGCCAUGAGAUGUCCCCUUUCAAAGGUGCUUCCACACAUCCGUACAUUGUCCCAUCUGCGAUUGUCUUCAGUCUUCAGGGCCCGCCUUCUCCCUCCUGUCUCCACCAACACCCUGGGCCCCUGGCUCCUUACUCCUGACUUCCUGCCACGGAGGGCUAUGGGCCCAGCCUGCAAAGUACCCCCUGAAUGAACAGACAAAGGGGCUCGUUUACACUCUGGAGUAGUGUCUGGCUUUCCAGGGGCAAAAUGACUCACUGAACCCCAGGCCAGGGGCCCAGGAAGGACAGAGGCCACCACGCCUCUUCUCAGACUCAUUCCCACACCUGACCCUUGUAGGAACUAAUGCAGCCAUGUGAGCCAGGCCCUGCCUCCUCUGACAGAGGCCACCACUUGUGCCAAACCCACUGUGGGCGCUCUGGGUUGGGCCGACCCGGCCUGGCGCAGGGCCUCCCUGACACUCCCCUGAGACCCUGACCAGGUACUCGGCCCUUCUGCUGAGAGCCAGGCCUCCCCUCACCAGAAAGAGGUGGUAUUCUUCCAGUGGCUCCCUUUGAAUGUCCCUUUCUGAGGUCUUAUGUUCUAAAAUGGUAAAGGGAAGGGAAAAGGGUAGGAGGAGGGGACCCUCCAGGCCUGGUGACCCAGGUCUGCCAGCCAGUAUCCCAGGUGGCCGCCUGCCCUGUGGGCACAUCACUCGGCCCGUGGAGACAGCGGCCGUGUGCUUUUGUAUCCCCUGGUGGACGGGAAGAACACUCCUGACCCCAUGGUUCCCUCCCCACCCACGCACUUGCUCAGAAGGAACCGGGCGCACGUACUGGUUCCACCCUGGCUGCGUAGGAACUUAGCUAGGAGGCCCCCGUCUGCCUCCCAAACCACCGGGGUAGUUCUCUGGAGGGUGAGACUGACAGACUGAAAACCAGUCCCCAUUCGGGCUGAACUGAGACAUCCGUUGUCGCAGAGCCCUUGUGCCCAUGGAGCUCUGUACGUCCCGCUGUCUUUCGGAGAGCAGAGGGGAGACGGUGAGUUUGCUGUGACUGUAACCCGGCUCCUGCCCCCAGGUCAGCGGGUACAGGCUGAGGACAGGCCCAGGGCACACCCUCCCAGAAAGGAUCUUUUCUUUUCAGUUUUCCUUCCUUGGGAGCACUUGGUUUUGGUUUGGAUUUGGGUUUUGCUUUCGCUGUGCACCUUAGCAGGGCACGGUGCCGCCAGUGGCCUUCAGCAUUGCCCCAACCUGGUAAGCAGUUUACGGGACUCUUGGUUGGUGCCCUCCACUUCCCGACAGGUGGGUGGGUGACAAACAGGCUGGAGGGUGUGGGUCCGCAGCAGGCCAGACCCCACCCCCGUGUACUUUGCCCCUCCGCCUGCAGUCUGCUGAGUCCCCUGCCUGUUCCCUGAGUAGACACCCGGGCAGGUCCCUGGCCCUAAGCACAUGCCACCUGGGGCUCAGAAGUGAGGGGAGGCCACCUUCGGCCAGAGGGGCAUCCUGGCUAAGUGUCAUGGAGUGCUGAGCAGCCAGCCUGGAGGGACAUCGAGGAAGACAGGGCGUAGCCCAGCUUUGCACAAACGCACCAGUCCUACCUUCCCCCACCUUGGCUUAAACCUAGAGGGCUCAGAUUUUGCAAUUAGCCUAGUCCUCCAGCCCCAGGCGAGGCCCCCUUCCCUGGGGACACGGCCAGGACUCAGUGAAAAGUUAAUCUUUGUGCAUAAAUUCCUCUAAGUUGGGUUAAAAUCUUCUUCCCCCAGUUAGUGAAAACUGAGAGAAGAGCCCAGUUUUUAAACAAAGAAUUCACUUGAGAACAACUACCCUAACCCAGAACCGGGCAUUCGGAAGACAGCUCUCAUGGGUCCAGCAGGAGAGCCCCAGCGGAUUUGUAGCGUAAGCGACAGAAGCGUCCCUGAAACCACACUGGCCCGAUAUUUGAGCUUAGAACUUCUGUUGAAGGAAUGUACUCGCAGCCUCUGAACACAGACCAAUCCUCAGAGGAGUCCGGACUCGAGGUGGAGAACAAAAUGCACAUCCCCUCUCUGCGUUUCCUCAAAUAGAUCAUUUUCACCCAUCUCCUAAUUGAUCCCAACUUUAGGAUGGCAUCUAGGAUCUCCCAGAGUUUUCAGAUGUUCCUUAGAAGCUUCUAAAGCAAGUUUUGGAAGAAAGACUAAUAGCUGUAAAAAUAUAGACAUAUAUUAUAUAUAGUUAUAUAUAUUUAAAGAGAUAUCUAUAUAUAUAUAUAUAUAAUUACUGUACUCUCUGAAUCUGUACAAAGUAUGAUUUAACCAGCCCAGGCAGUAUGAGAUGCCCAGUGCAUGAGUGUGAAUAUCCCGAGAUCUGCCUUCCUGACGCUGUGCCGAGCGUACAUGGGAAGAUGGCUCCUGUUCCUAGGAGUUCUGUCUCAACAGACAAAUAUACAAGUCGGGCCAUCUUGUCCACGACGAGCCAUUGAUGUCAGUUUUGUGCGGAGACUUUGCACCGGAAGCAGGACCAGCGGCGUUGGGGGUGGUCCGUCUGCUACUCACGAGGAAGAAAGCACCACACCUUUUUUAUUUUCAAUAAAAAUGUA